GAUAAGCAGUUGAUUAAGUUGAUAACAAGAAAGUACGUCGUCCCUAAAAAUAAAUAAAGUUAAUUAAUAAGUGACAGAAGCAAGACAAGAAUGUCUGCGUCUGCGUCGGAAGAUCAAGAAGUAGACGUAAUGUACGGAUUGCAAAAUGUUUUGACUAAAAUUCAGGCAGCAGUUGCCAGAAGGGCCAAAGAUUUACCUCAAAUAACACCAAGGCUGGUGGCUGUAUCAAAAAUAAAACCAGCGGCGCUAAUAGUCCAAGCUUACGAGGCUGGUCAGCGUCAUUUUGGCGAGAACUAUGUAAACGAGUUAGCAGAUAAGGCUAUUGAUCCUCUAAUUGUAGAAUCAUGCAAGGAUAUUAAAUGGCAUUUCAUAGGCCAUUUGCAAACCAACAAAAUCAACAAACUCCUUGGCUCACCAGGAUUGUUUAUGGUACAAACAAUGCACUCUGAGAAACUGGCUGAUAAUUUAAACAAACAGUGGCUUAAGUUCAGGAAAGGGGAUGAAAAGUUAAAAGUUAUGGUGCAAAUUAAUACAAGCGGAGAAGAAGCUAAAAAUGGAGUGCCACCAUCAGAAGCAACAAACCUGUCCCAGCAUGUUAUCAAUAAUUGCCCAAACCUAGAAUAUGUUGGACUUAUGACUAUAGGCCAGUAUGAUUAUGAUGUUUCUCAAGGUCCUAACCCAGAUUUUAUUACACUUGCAAAAUGCAGGGAAGAGGUGUGCAAAAAUUUGAACAUGGACAUUAAUAAUGUUGAAUUGUCUAUGGGGAUGUCCACAGAUUUUGAGCAUGCGAUUGAACUAGGAGCGACUACAAUCAGAGUUGGAUCAACAAUUUUUGGUGCAAGGCCGCCAAAACAAGCAAAAACAAACUAGAGCACAGAAAAGAUCUAUAUAUAUUAUAGUAGUUGAACUUUAGCGUAGCCUGUAAAUUUUGCUUAAUUUAUACAAAUAUGUAUGGGCUUCCAAUAAUAGACCGCGGGCCAGGAACAGAUUUUCAUGACCAAUCACCUCCCGGGCGAAAACUCGUAUAGUGGUUAACGGCUAUGUAUGAUGAACCCUCGUGAACGUCAGCUGCCGCUCCGUUGGUGGGUUGAGGAAUGGCAGGAAAUAAAGUUUAUAAAAAAAAAUGUUGUCAUCGCCUCCCGCUUGAUACUUUGUCAGAUGAUAGUUUAGAUGCUAUUGUGAAUAAACAAAAUCGUCAGCCGAUUGUAUCACUGUGAAAAGGCCGUCAGCUGGUCAAAUGAACAUGUAAAAAAGAAAAUUAUUUUCAGUCAUCGGCCUCAUCGCCUACCGUUUGAUACUUUGUCAGAUGAUAGUUUAGAUGCUAUUGUUAAUAAAACAAAUCGUCAGCCGGUUGUAUCGCGGUGGUAAGACCGUGUUACGCGUUUCGGCGGCUGCCAUUCCUCAACGGAGCGGCAGCUGACGUUCACGAGGGUUCAUCGUACAUGGCCGUUAACCGCUGUACGAGUUUUCGCCCGGGAGGCAAUGACUGACAAAAUUUGCGCCUGGCUCGCGGUCCAUAAGUGUCAUGACUGUUAUGAGUGAGUGGGAUUCUUACAGAAGAAGAAAUGCUAUUAGAGUACUAAAAAAAAAU